AGGUCAGCCCAUGCCGGGUGCCAUCUCUCCUUCCUCGAGGUCGAGGACGAAAGCCAGUCACGUGCAUUGAGCUUGAAGCCUUCAUCCGAGAGAGUUGAGCUGUUGAGAACCAUCUCAGUCUCAGGAGAGAGGACCGGAGCCUCGAGGCCCAAGAGAAGAGAGCUUAACGAUGAGGCGCGCGGAGCCGGUCGGCGAGCAGGCGGACGCGGAGCGGCGCAUGAGCGGGUACAAGGGCGUGCGGCGGCGCCGGUGGGGGAAGUGGGUGUCGGAGAUCCGGGUGCCCGGCUCGCGGGAGCGCCUGUGGCUCGGCUCCUACGCCACGCCCGAGGCCGCCGCCGUCGCGCACGACACGGCCGUCUACUUCCUCCGCGGCGGCGGCGGCGCGGGCGACGUCGCGGCGCUCAACUUCCCCGAGCGCGCGGCGGCCGCGUACGGCGCAGGGGGCCGCCUGUCGCCCCGGUCCGUGCAGCGCGUGGCGUCCGACGCCGGCAUGGCCGCCGACGCGCAGCUCGUCGCGGCGCGGGAGGACACCCGCGCGCUUCGCGCCGGCAUUGGCGGUGGCGCCAGCGCGCGCCCGCGCGAUCGGGAUGCUGGUGACGCCUGCGCGGGCCGUGCGCACAACGCUAGCCUUCACAGUACGGGCGCCGGAAGGGAGCAGCCUGUCUCCGGGGAGAUUAGCGUGGAUGACAUGGAUAUUUUGCUGUAGUUUAUUGAUAGCAAAAAAAAAA